AUGGCUAUCAAUUGCGUACCCUGCGACCAGACUUUUGGCAGCGGCGAGGCUCUACAGCAGCACAAACGAGACUCGCUCGCACAUGCUUUCGACUGCGCAACUUGCGAACGCUAUUUCGGCAGCGGCACGGCUCUGCAACAGCACCUACGGAACUCUCCCGUUCACCUUCCACUCUUUGACUGCGACGACUGCGAUCGAUCCUUCGAUAGCGAGGAGGCUCUAGAACAGCACAUGCGAGACUCGCCUGCGCAUGCUCCGUCCUUCGGCUGCGACACUUGCGAUCGAUCCUUCGGCAGCGAAGAAGCCCUAAAGCAGCAUCUAAGGGACUCCCACAAUCACCGACAGGCUUCUAAAACCCCUCUGGAUGUAUUAUUCCUCUCUUUCCGGACCUUCGAGUAUGAUCCUUCUCUACCACCAGCAACGUCCUACACCUGUUUGCGAGAGCACGAGGGUUGGCGACGUGGCGACAUUGCGUCAAACGAUGCCUGGAACAGAUACCAAGAUGCGUUGGAGAGCGAAUUGCGCAUGUGGUAUGGGACAGAGGACGAUUUGACUGCGUGGCAUGCGCUUUGUCGUGCUAUUGGUGUGAAGCCGCUUCCGCAAACAUGCGAGCAAUGCGAGGAAUCUGUCCGAAGGACACAUGUCAAUAUUUUUGUUGAUUUGAUUGAAUGGGGACGAAGACGUGAAAAUUCCGAGGAAAGAGUCCAGACCUUUCGCAAUGUGGCAGAGCUGCGAGCUUAUACUAAGGAGACGGGUAAGGUAUUUCGCAAUACGUUCGGUCAAGAAGACAGCAGUGUUGUCCUGAGACACUUGCUUCGGAAGAUUUUUCGAGAGAGCUUGUGA